AUGGCACUCUAUUACAGGCUGGUGGCAAGGCUGGAAAAGACUCCGGGAAAACUAAGACGAAGGCCAUUUCGCGCUCACAGAGAGCGGGUUUGCAGGUGAGGACAUCAGUCAUUCAUUACAUGCUAACAAUGCUAACGCCAACGAUGGUAAACGUGUGGAAAAGGUAGCGCUGUUAAUUUGCAAAACUAUAACCAAUUUUCGUAACCUGAUACUAGCUAUUGUAUUGGGUGUUGAUUCACAAAAUAAUUUAGUUGAAUUGGCUCGCGACUUAUUGAUGGCUGGGUAACUACUUGAUUAAACACAGGCCAGUGUUAUCUGGGAUCCUUGGGACGCCCCUAACCGUAACCCUUACCUACAGAUUUUAAAUUUCAACUUCAAUAGGGUAGAGACGUACCAAGGAUCACGGAUAGCACGGACGGGUAAACGCAUGCAGUUAAACGUUUCCCGCCCUGUUUUCCAGUUCCCCGUGGGCCGUAUUCACAGACAUCUUAAAUCCAGAACAACGAGCCAUGGCAGAGUUGGGGCGACUGCAGCUGUGUACAGCGCGGCAAUUCUUGAGUACCUGACGGCUGAGGUGACGUUGGUCAACAUCGCGACUGUGAUUUUGCAUGUUUACAACACACUUUAAUUGUGUGGCGGUUCAUGACAUUUAAUCCAUACAGUAUUGUGCAUGCAAUCGAAGUUAAUUGAUGUGCUCGUGCGAGAGUCAGUAGCCUAAUAUUUACUUGCGCGCUCGUCAACUUCAGGUUCUGGAGCUGGCCGGAAACGCAUCCAAGGAUCUGAAGGUCAAGCGUAUCACACCACGUCACUUGCAACUGGCCAUUAGAGGCGAUGAAGAGUUGGAUUCUCUCAUUAAAGCAACCAUUGCUGGUGGUGGUAAGUGUAUCAGUUAUUUUGUAUUCUUUGCCACUCUGAUUGCCAUUGUACAAAUUUCCCUGGUUUUUGAUUUACAUGCACUAAUUUCAUUUUUAUUUUCCAGGUGUCAUCCCUCAUAUCCAUAAGUCACUGAUAGGAAAGAAGGGACAGCAGAAGACGGUAUAA